AUGUCCGACUACUGUCCAGUUCCAGGCAACAUUUCAAUGGUUGGAUCAGAGGCUUGGUUAGCGUCCGAGAAGUAUUUGAUGUUAUUAAAAGAUUCGGUGCCUGACGAAGAUCCGCGAAUUCCACCCGUGAUGACAUUAUCGCUUUCCACGCAAACUGCUUGCUCAGAGAAUCCACCACUACCAGCUCUAGUUAAAGAGGUAUUAUGGUAUGGCCAUGAGAAGAAGUUCAAAGAGUGUUUAAACAUUCCGUAUUCUCCAUACGUUAUAAGGCUUCAAGAAUUCUCCGCACGUAUCAACAACAACGACAAGGACAACAACAAGAAUGACAAGACGCAACCCAUUCCUGUGUCAUGUGCGAGCUUAUUGAUGAAGAAUGACUUGCAGGAUGCAAAGCAUAGAUUGAUUGAGCAAUUGAUUCGCAACCAAAUAAAAAACUUCGAGAAUUUUCAUGGAACUUUCAACAAACUCACAAAUUCAUAUCAAUGCGAAGGGUUGGAAUGGUUCGAUGAAUCAUAUGACAAUGCUGUCAUCGAUUUUUGCGGUUCUCGAAAGGUCCAGAUUGAAUUGGACAAGCUCAGAUACGGAGCGUGGCAAGCUGGAGCUCGUUGGAGGCACGCAUAA